UCAUGCUGCUGCCAGGUCCAGAGUGUCUCAUGGGUCCCUGUACGGCCUCCCAUUGCUGCUGUCUCCAUCGCCACACUCUGCCAUGUGCCACUUUCAGGUCUCCUCACACUGCUGGUGGGUUCCAUUUUGUCAUAGGGUGCUGGCAGAUUACGGGCCUCCCAUUGCUGCUGCCAGGCCCUGUAAUCUGCCAUGGGCCCCUGUACCGCCUCCUCAUGCUGCUGCCAGGUCCAGAGUGUCUCAUGGGUCCCUGUACGGCCUCCCAUUGCUGCUGUCUCCAUCGCCACACUCUGCCAUGUGCCACUUUCAGGUCUCCUCACACUGCUGGUGGGUUCCAUUUUGUC